AUGCCUAAACCAGCUGGAAAAUUACCAGACCAAACCUCUAACAUUCAGCCGAGUGAAAGGACAACAGAAGCUGUGACGGAAACAAGACCAAUUAUAAUCUCGUCCACAUCUCAACAGGAUUGUGAUCCAAAAAUAGGUAAUUGGAAGGGUUUUUGUUAUAAAAGGAGGAGGAAGGAGGUAGAGUCAAGCAUAGCUCCAAUGCAAAGCCAUGAGUCAAACCAGACUCUAGAAAAUGAAGUUCCCACAAAUAAUAUUUUUUCUAACUCUGAACAUGUUGAUACAACAGAUAUUGAUAUUCCUAUUGCUAUGAGAAAAGGGGUAACCAGUAGGAGGAUAAAUUUUAUAGUUGAUAACUAUAACAAUGAGACCAGUGCCACAACAGAUGGUUUGCUUUCCAGUUUUAAGGCAGGGAACCAAGACAAGGAUCGUAGCUGGUUAAUGUCAUCUCUUCAUCAAAUAUAUAGCCGGAGAUACCUCCUUAGAAGAAGUGCUCUGGAGCUAUUUAUGGUGGACCGUUCAAACUUCUUUUUUGAUUUUGGGAGUAGUGAAGGGCGAAGAAAUGCAUAUCGGGCAAUUGUUCAAGCACGACCUCCUCAUUUAAACAAUAUAUAUUUGGCUACUCAGAGACCUGAUCAACUUUUGAAAAGAACUCAACUUAUGGAGCGCUGGGCUAGGUGGGAGAUCAGCAAUUUUGAAUAUUUAAUGCAACUCAAUACACUGGCUGGGCGUAGUUAUAAUGAUAUUACCCAGUAUCCGGUGUUCCCCUGGAUUCUUUCUGAUUACGAUUCAGAGAGCUUGGAUAUUUCAAAUCCUUCUUCUUUUCGAGACCUUUCAAAGCCUGUUGGGGCGCUGAACCCAGACCGUCUGAAAAGAUUUCAAGAGAGAUAUGCUAGCUUUGAUGAUCCAGUCAUCCCUAAAUUCCACUAUGGCUCACACUACUCGAGUGCAGGAACGGUUUUAUAUUAUCUUGUUAGGGUUGAACCAUUCACUACCCUUGCUAUUCAACUGCAAGGUGGAAAAUUUGACCAUGCAGAUCGAAUGUUUUCUGAUAUUUCUGGUACUUGGAAUGGAGUUCUUGAGGACAUGAGUGAUGUGAAGGAAUUGGUCCCUGAGCUAUUUUACCAACCUGAAGUCCUCACAAAUGAAAAUUCAAUUGAUUUUGGCACAACACAAUUGGGAGGAAAGCUCGAUACCGUAAAACUUCCCGCAUGGGCUGAAAAUCCAGUUGAUUUUAUUCAUAAGCAUCGGAAGGCUCUGGAGAGUGAAUACGUAUCUUCUCAUUUACAUGAGUGGAUUGAUCUUAUAUUUGGGUAUAAACAACGGGGCAAAGAAGCUGUUGCAGCAAAUAAUGUUUUCUUUUAUAUUACCUAUGAAGGGACGGUGGAUAUUGAUAAAAUCUCUGACCCAGUUCAACAGCAUGCCACGCAAGAUCAAAUUGCAUAUUUUGGACAAACACCGUCCCAGCUUUUGACCGUUCCCCACUUGAAGAAAAUGCCGUUAGCAGAAGUUCUGCACUUGCAGACAAUAUUCCGCAACCCAAAUGAAGUCAAGCCCUAUGUUGUUCCAUCACCUGAACGUUGCAAUCUUCCUGCGGCUUCCAUUCAUGCAUCUUCAGAUGCGGUUGUGGUUGUUGAUAUAAAUGCACCAGCAGCGCAUGUUGCGCAACACAGUUGGCAACCCAAUACACCUGAUGGCCAUGGAACUCCGUUUCUUUUUCAACAUAGAAAGGUUACAGCAGGCUCUGCUGGUGGUACACUUAUGCGCAUGUUCAAAGCACCUUCUGCAUCGGGUGAAGAGUGGCGAUUUCCACAAGCUGUAGCAUUUUCUGCCUCUGGAAUUAGAAGCCAAGCUAUUGUUUCUAUAACAUGUGACAGAGAAAUUAUUACUGGUGGGCAUGCUGACAAUAGCAUUAGGUUGAUAUCAUCAGAUGGAGCUAAGACCUUAGAAACAGCUUAUGGACAUUGUGCUCCUGUAACUUGCCUUGGUCUUUCACCUGAUAGUAACUACCUAGUCACAGGAUCCCGAGAUGCAACGGUAUUACUCUGGAGAAUACAUAGGGUUCUCGUGUCUCACUCGAAUGUCGUAUCAGAACAUUCCACUGGGACUGGCACACAAUCUCCAACUAGCAAUAGUUCAUCACACUUGAUUGAAAAGAAUCGAAGACGACGAAUUGAGGGCCCUAUACAGGUACUUCGGGGGCACCGCAGUGAAAUAAUCAGUUGUUGUGUUAACUCAAAUCUCGGAAUAGUUGUUUCUUGCUCUCAUUCAUCAGAUGUCCUCUUGCACUCCAUUAGAAGAGGACGUUUAAUUAGAAGAUUGGAUGGUGUGGAGGCCCAUAGUGUCUGUCUUUCAUCAGAAGGGGUUGUGAUGGCUUGGAAUGAAUCACAGCAUACUCUCAGUACCUUUACUCUCAACGGUACUCCGAUUGCAAGAGCACAAUUCUCCUUCUUUUGCAGUAUCAGCUGCAUGCAAAUUUCUGUUGAUGGGAUGAGUGCUUUGAUCGGAGUUAAUUCUCUAGAAAAUGGUAGAGCAUAUAAUAACAGUUUAAAUUCACAGUUGAACAAGUCAGGUGUUGAUUUUGAUUCAGAAUCAGAAGAAACUGACGAAAACAACAGAACAGAUCUUCCAUCACCAUCAGUUUGCUUCCUGGAUACGCACACUCUGGAGGUCUCUCAUGUAUUAAGACUGGGAGAAGGGCAGGAUAUCACAGCUCUGACUCUUAACCAGGAUAACACAAAUCUUUUGGUUUCAACUUUGGAUAAACAAUUGAUAAUCUUCACUGAUCCAUCUUUAAGCUUGAAAGUGGUGGAUCAAAUGCUCAAGCUUGGCUGGGAAGGUAAUGGGCUUCAGCCUCUAAUAAAAUCAUAG